AUGGCUUCCGGUGCAGGCAAAUCAGCUGCAUUCGCCCUUUUAGUACUCAACGUCAUCCUCUACUUCAUUGUCAUCGCUGUUGCAGCAUGGGCUGUGAACCAUGGCAUAGAAAGAUCACACGAGACCGCGUCUGUUUUGUCGCUCCCCGCUCGGAUUUUCCCUAUAUACUACCCUUUUGGCAACAUGGCUACUGGUUUUGUAGUGUUCUUCUCACUCAUAGCUGGGGUUGUGGGAUUCUCCACCUCAAUCACCGGAAUCAAUAAUGUAAUACAGUGGAAUGUUCCAAACUUGCAUGCAGCUGCUACAUCUUCUCUUAUUUCUUGGAUGCUCACGAUGCUGGCUAUGGGGUUUGCAUGCAAGGAGAUUGAUAUAGGGUGGACAGAAUCAAAUUUGAGAACUUUGGAGACAAUACUGAUACUUGUGAGUGGAACUCAGAUGUUCUGCACUGCUGCAAUCUACAUAGGAAUUGAUGAUGCUGUUGCUCGAGACAGGACAUACCUUUGAUUUUAUUUAUACUUUUAUUUUCUUAAU